AUGCCACUAGAACGCAGGGGACAGGGCUGGUGCAAAGACUCUCUCUCUCUCUCUCUCUCUCUCUCUCUCUCUCUCUCUCUCUCAACAGCAACCCUUUCCAUCUUCUUCACUGUUCUAUUAAGACUCUCUCUCUCUCUCUCUCUCUCUCUCUCUCUCUCUCUCUCUUUUUUCCUGCUCACCAAUUCCUGGACCGAUGCUCGAAUUUUGUUACCUUACGAAUAUAUUAACAUCAUUUGGUUUUGUUUCAACUGGUUGGCUAUGAGCAAUUCCUGCUACAAUCCCUUCAUUUACGGGCUUCUCAAUGAAAAAUUCAAGCGUGAAUUUCGACAGCUGUGUAAUGUAUGUUUCUGCCGGAAGGAAAAACGUGAUCUGAUUGGCCCAGAUUUUUCCGAUGACAGCGUUCAACCAAUCAGAAAGUACAGUGUCAAUGAAAACGCCCACUGGAACCGUACAAAUUUUGACAAUAAUCGCUCGAAACGUUACAUCCGGGUACAAACAGAAUACACGGAACAGAGCAUGGUAUAG